CCGAGCGUGAGGGGGACGCGGCCGCCAUGGCGGUGCCGCAGGCGGCGGCGCUGGGGAGCGGCCCCGGGGCGGCGGGAGCGGAGCCGCCCGAGGCGCUGGGGCUGCUGGAGCUGUGCGGCGCCUGCCGGCAGCGCCUGAGCCCGCAGCGGGAGCCGCGGCUGCUGCCCUGCCUGCACUCGGUGUGCCGCCGCUGCCUCGGGAGCGGGCCCGGAGCCCCGGGCGGGGACGGGAGCGCGUUCGAGUGCCCCGUGUGCCACCAGCAGUGUCCCCUGGGUGACAUCAUGGAGAACCUGUUCCUGCAGGCCGGCACCAGCGGGCAGCGUGUCCCUUGUCCCCAGAGCUGCACCAGCUGCGAGGACAACGCCACCGCCACCAGCUUCUGCCUGGAGUGCUCGGAGCCGCUGUGUGCCACCUGCGUGGGGGCACACCUGAGGGUCAGGUACACCCGGGAGCACCGCGUGCAGCCCCUGGGCUCUCCGGCCGUGCCCGGUUCCGGUUCCGGUGCCGAUCCCGAUUCCGUUCCCGGCUCUGGCUCCGUUCCUGCUCCCGUUCCCGAUCCCGUUCCCGAUCCCGACCCCGGCUCCGACCCCGGUUCCGUUCCCGGUUCCAUCCCCGGCUCCGUUCCCGUUCCCGAUCCCGAUCCCGUUCCCGGUGCGGCGCCGUUCCCGUUCCCGUCCCGCUGCCGCUCCCACCCGCGGGAGCCGCUCUCGCUCUUCUGCAGCGCCUGCGACGCCCUCACCUGCCGCGAGUGCCACCGCGGCCCGCACCGACAGCACCCUUACUGCCGCGAGUGCCACCGCGGCCCGCACCGGCAGCACCCUUACUGCCGCGAGUGCCACCGCGGCCCGCACCGACAGCACCCUGCUAGUUACUGCCGCGAGUGCCACCGCGGCCCGCACCGCCAGCACCCUGCUAGUUACUGCCGCGAGUACAACCAGGGCCCGCAACGCCAGCACCCUGCUAGUUACUGCCGCGAGUGCCACCGCGGCCCGCACCGCCUGCACCCGUCCCUGAGUGUCCCCUGGGUGUCCCCUGGGUGUCAGCGCCUGGCACAGAAACACUCGGAGCUGCAGCGCUGCACGCGGGAGCUGCACGCCUGCUCGCGGCGUGUGACGGACGCUCAGAAGCGGCUGCAGGUGGAGGUCAAGCUGGCCACCCUGCAGGUGAUGAGGGAGCUCAACAAACGCGCCCAGGCCCUGGUGGGCGACGUCCAGCGUGUCACCGAGGGCCGGCGGCAGCGCCUGGAGCGGCAGCGCCGCGCUCUCAGCCGGGCGCGGCGGCAGCAGGAGCACGUGCUGCGCUUCGGGGCCCGCGCGCUGCACGGCCAGCACGGCACCGCCCUGCUGCUCUCCAGGAGGCUGGUGCAGGCCCAGCUGCUGGGGGCCCUGGGGGUGCCCCUGGAGCCCCCCGAGCCGCAGGGGGAGCUGCGCUUCCAGUGGGACCUGCAGGGAUGGACCCAGAGCGCCCAGAGCUUCGGCACCAUCAUCUCGGAGCCGCCCCUCCCCCCCUCGCGGAGCCCCCCCCGCGGCCCCUCCCCCACCUCGCAGGGCCACCCCCAGGUGGCCACGGUGGUCACGGGGGGCCAGGUGACCCCGGAGCUGCUCCUGCGGGGUCCCCCCAGCUGUCACCUCCCCCCCAGCUGUCACCUCCCCCCCGGCUGUCACCUCCCCCCCUGGAGCCAGCGGCCACCCCCGAGCUCCGAGCUGGCCACCAGCCCUGAGAACGGCGUCACCAGAGGCAGGACGAGGAACCCCGGCAGUUCCCCGCGGGAGGAGAAGCUCGUUAAGAAGCUGCUCAUUAAACGGAGGGGCCCCCCCGAGGCCCAGGGCAGCCCCCGGCUCCCCAAGCAGCCGCGGGUGAGCCUGGAGCGCCUGGAGCUGGACCUGGAGCUGGACCCGGCGCAGCCGCCCGUGUUCCGCAUCUUCCCGGGGCCCUCGGCCCAGGAGUUCAGCCUGAUCGUCAUCGAGCAGGGGACAGCUGAGGGGACAGAGGGGACAGCGGGCACCGAGGGGACAGCGGGCACUGAGGGGACACCGGGGACGGCGGGGACGGUGCAGCCACACGGAGCUCUCCUUGUCAAGGAGGAGCAGCAGGAGUCGCCCAUCGGGGACACCGGGGACACCAAACCCGUGGGGCUGCUGCCCCCUCCCCCGGGGGAGCCGGGCCCCGCCCCGGGCCCCUCCCCUGCCCCGGGGGGGCUCCCGGGGGGGCUCCUGGGGGGGCUCCCUGGGGUCUCGUGCUGCCGCGUCUGUGGCCAGGCCGGGGCCGUGGUGAUGUGUGACCGCUGCCAGCGCUGCUUCCACCUGCACUGCCACCUGCCCGCGCUGCAGGACGUGCCCAGCCCCGAGUGGACGUGUUUGCUGUGCCAGGAGCUGCCCCCGCCCCCCCCGGAGCCGGGGCCGGGGCCAGAGCCGGGCCCCGGGCUGAAGCUGAGCCCCCAGGACCAGCAGCGCUGUGAGUUCAUCCUGCUGGAGCUGCUGUGCCACGAGCCCUGGCGGCCCCUGCAGCGCCUCUGCAGCUCCCCGGACGGCCGUGACGCCAUGGACCUGACGCUGAUGCGGGCGCGGCUGCAGGAGAAGCUGAGCCCCCACUACCGCAGCCCCGAGGAGUUCGCCCGCGACGGCUGGCGCCUGCUGCGGCAGUUCCACCGCCUCACCGAGGACAAGGCGGAUGUCCAGUCCAUCCUGGAGCUGCAGCGUUUCCUCGAGAGCCGCCUCAGCGCCGUCUUCGGCGACCAGAAAUUCUCCAGGCUCCUGCUGGAUCCCGAGGAAGCCCUGGAGGUGUCUCCAGGCUCCUGAUCACCCCUCCUGGGGGGUGAAAGACCUCCCCAGGACCUCAAUUUCCUCUCCCGGGACCCCAGUUCCCCUCCCAGGACCCCAAUUUCCCCUCCCAGGACCCCAAUUUUCUCUCCCAGGACCCCAAUUCCCUUCCUAGGACCCCAAUUUGCCCCCAAAUGUUUGGAUUCCCCCAGAGCCCCACGGGACGUGGGGGUGUCCCUGUCCCCUGUUAGCCUGGGGUCACCUGGGAAAAUAAAGCCCUGCCUUGGUCUCCUGG